GUUAUUGCUAUCCUUAGCUUGGGUUUUCCUUCAAUCGCGAAAAAAAAAUCUUGAAAUAAUGGCAAAAGUUGUCCUGUAUACCACCAAAGUGAGCCCUCCGGGACGUUCCGUUGAGCUCACCGCCAAAGUGUUGGGUCUGGAGCUGGAAGUAAGGCCGUUAAAUUUGAUUGCCGGGGAACAUUUGGAUCCGGAAUUCGUUAAGCUGAACCCUCAGCAUACCGUGCCGUUGAUAAUCGAUGAGGAUGGGACCAUCGUUCGCGAUAGUCACGCAAUAAACAUUUAUCUGUCCCAAAAGUAUGGAGACGGAUCGCUCUAUCCGCAGGACAUCGUAACGCAAUCGAAGAUAAAUGCCGCCCUUCAUUUCGAUUCUGGGGUACUUUUCGCAAGGCUUCGUUUCUAUUUGGAACCAGUCCUUUUCACCAAGUCCACGGACACGCCGCAGGAGAAAAUUGAUUACAUACAUAAAGCCUAUCAGCUGCUUAACGAUACGAUUGUCGAUAAGUACAUCGUCGGAAACCGGAUGACGUUGGCGGAUCUGAGCUGCAUUACCAGUAUUGCUUCGAUGCAUGCCGUGUUUCCGGUUGAUGCCGGUCAGUAUCCGAACUUGGGCCGCUGGAUGGCCCAGAUGGCUGCCUUGCCGUAUUAUAAACGCAUCAACCAGGACGGUGCUGAGGAUUUGGCUGCGUUUUUUCAUGCCAAGCUGGCUGCAAAUCAGAAGGAAGUGGAGUAAAAUAUUCCUGAUCAUGGUAAAGGAUAUCACCACAGCGUGGCAAUGAAGCACAUAAGUUUGAAGUUUAAACAGCACCGAUUGCCGUUGAAUAAAGUUUUUUAAAUGCAA